AUGCAGUACGGCCUUCUCAUCGAGGCUCAGAGGCUAGGGCCCAGCAACAGGCGGGGUCUGCGCUGCAAGAGGACAAUCCGGACGCAGGUUGUCUCUACGCCUGUGGGGGAGGCAGGAGCAUCGGAGACAUCAGGUCGUCUUCGCCGUCGUGAUGAGGACCAAGGAAGGAUGUUAAGGCGGGUUAUGCCAAUAGUGGCUUCGUCUACCUGUAGCGGGGACUGGGACGACAGCGGCGAGGACAAGGUCCGUCAGCGGUAA